CCAAAGUUUCGGACAGUUCGGUCUAAUACCCUUAAAAAAAAGUGUUGUAUUCGAAUCGACUGAUUCGAAGGGGGUUUCACUUCACCUUAACUCGCGGUCUGCACGUAAAGAUUAGUUAUAACAUGGAACUACAUAAAAAUGACAAAGGAGAAUCGAACCCUUUAACACUGGUCGUGAUCGUGCUUUCUUGGGAAAAUUGCCAUAUCAUCGAAAAACCGACUACUAGUGAUAUCGGUACGCUCGCCUUCAAGGAAUGAUAAACAUAUCGGCGUUAAUUGAUCAUUUUCCACAUGUCAAUUCCUGGGUAAUUUGCCGUGCACUAAAUGCUCUCGUCAUACCGACUCAGCCCGGCGCAGUCUACUUCUUAUCAACGAUUCUUUAUCACGACUCGCGUUGUUUUCUUUUUUUCUUGCAAUUCGAAAUUUACUUGUCUCUACAACGGCGUAGAGUUAAAAAAAAAAUGUAUUAAAUACGACACAGCGAGUUAAUCGGAGGUGCGCAAACCGCGGCAUGAAUUCCCGGUGCAACGUCUAUUUUCAAUUCAAAUCCCAUACGGUUACGUUCGAGUGAAUUUACGCGGAUCCAUUAAUUUUCUGAUCAUUUAAUAUUGGACAAAAGUAUCCCUUCCUCGGUUUCUAUCGUUAACCCGCGUGGUCUUUACGCCGUUGCGUAAUUGGCCGUGCACGCGCACCGGGCGGAGCUGCCCUGUACUUAGAAUAUCGCGAUAGUGGUACUUGGUGAACCUAUCUCUAUUGGCCGUUGAGCCAGUUAUUUAACUAAUCAGCUGAACGGUCAGCGCGCGUCAUCGAGGCGGCACGAAGCGCACGUUGCUCGCUGUCAGUCCGCGCCGUGCGUCCCUGGCGAUCGGGAGCGCUCUCCUGUCGUGGCUGACCUUUCGUCGCGCCCCCCACCCCCCACCGCGGAUCGCCCCGCGGUCUCGAUCAGGAUGCUGGACCUCUUCGAAGGCUUUCCCUACAUUCCGAAAUUCUACUACGGCCUGCUGCUCUGCAUCGGGUUUUGUACUUAUUACCUCUGCGAGGUCGUCAAAAAACCUUUACUGGUCUGCGGUACCGGACCCUUCCGUCAAUUUUUGGAAAGUAACAUUCCCCUGGUGAGAAAUAAAUUUUGGCCAACACUCUGGUGCUUUGAAUCUCGAGCACAGACCAUCCUAGCCAGCUUGUUGCGAUCUCACAUCUUGCCCAAGGUUGUAUAUCGUAGAGAAAUUUUAACUCUUGCGGACGGUGGCGAGGUGGCUCUAGACUGGGCUGAACAAAAUUGUUGUGUAAAGACCUCUCCUAUCGUGAUUAUUCUGCCAGGUCUUACCGGUGCCAGUCAAGCAGAGUACAUAAAAUGUUUGGUCCUCACUGCAAAAAGAAUAGGCAUUAGAUGCGUUAUCUUCAACAAUCGGGGUCUUGGAGGAAUUAAAUUAAAGACUCCGCGGAUGUACUGCGCAGCCAAUUGUGAAGACUUAUCCGAGGUCGUAGAGCACGUGAAGAAGCUUUAUCCUCAUGCUCCGCUGGGAGCGACUGGAAUUUCGAUGGGAGGAUUAAUAUUAGGGAAUUAUCUAGCAGAACAAGGACACUUGGCAGUUGGUAAGAUCAAGGCAGCUCUUAUCAUUUCCGUACCAUGGAACGUGUUUGAAGGAACAAAGAGUAUUGAGAAACCUUACUUGAACCUAAUGCUAAAUAAGCAUCUGGCUGGAAAUCUCUGCCGUAAUGUCAAGCAUUUCCAUUUCAGUACGGAAACGGGAUUCUUUGAUGUAGAUAUGGAUAUUGUACUCAAGAGUAAAACAGUACGAGAAUUUGACGCCACAUUUACAGCUAAACAAUUUGGAUAUAAAGAUGUGGAAGAGUAUUAUUCAAACGCCACGCUUCAUAAUAAGUUACAUCUCAUAGAAGUUCCGUUACUGUGCCUUAACGCAGCAGACGAUCCAUUUCAACCUUUACAAGCAAUUCCACUGAAAGAAGUGAACAACUCACAAAAUGUCGCCGUUGUCGUUACGUCACGUGGUGGUCACAUCGGAUUUCUAGAAGGAGUUUGGCCUGUGAAAGAAGAACCAUACAUCGGCAAAUUAUUCUCUCAGUACUUUUCAGCUAUUUUCACCAAUGGCUUAAACAAUGGCUAGAUAGCGGAUAAUUUGAUCAGUGCCUUUAAACAUGCAAGACGAGUCGUGCCGAUGAUAAUUAUUUACUAAUUAUCUGUCGCCUAUGAUUCAUUCUAGAGCUCAACUUAUACAAAAAUGUUAUUAUAUGCUCUAAGAUCCUAGGCCGAGCAUAUCAAUUCUCUCAUAAAUUUGGACUCCGCUUCACUUCAGGACUGCUUUAUAUUGCACUUAUACAUAUCUGCACAUUAUCAUUAUUUUUAAUUAUAUCAUAUUAUUUACUACAAAUUUAAUUAUUACAUUUCUCCGAAGACUGUUCAUUGCUUUAAAUCUUGAAUCUUGCCUAGAAAUUUUAUAAAUAAAUCUGUAAAUGCUUAUGCAUGUUUUUUUUAAUAUAAAAUGUGAUAUUAAUAUUUUUGUAGCCCAAAGACGAAAAACAGGCGCAACAAAUAGUAAUGAGGCUUAUACUAAGUGCAAUUAUCGGCUCAAUAUUGCAUAAGAAUGCUGCGCUGAAUAAUUCUUGUCCACUAGUAUCUAAGUUUUAAUAUUCUGUACGAAUUUAAAAUAAGAAUAAAGGCAAUUUUCUGUUACACAUA